UUAUAUUUUCCAAAUUAUCAAUUAAAAGAUAAUUGUAUCAAUGUCUGUGCUUCGAGUUAUAAGUCGAAGCACUAACAAAUUUUCUUUAAAUACAAAAUUAAAUAAAACCAUGAGUACGUGUAAGCCAAAUAUCAACGCAUCCGACAUUGUCUGGAUGGACUUGGAAAUGACAGGCCUGGAUAUAAACGUUGACCAAGUAUUGGAGGUUGCCUGCAUUAUAACUGAUCAGGAUCUUAACAUCAAAAAAGAGGGCCCAUGCUUUGCAAUAAAACACACCCAAGAUGUGUAUGAUAACAUGAAUGAUUGGUGUAAAAAACAUCAUAAUGAAUCUGGCCUUGUGGAUAGAUGUAAAAGUUCCGAUAUAACUCCUGAAACCGCUGAAACUAUUCUUUUAUCCUUUCUAAAGGAGCACAUACCGGAGCGUAAAUGCCCUUUGGCUGGUAACUCUGUCUACAUGGAUCGGUUGUUCUUAAAGAAAUAUUUUCCAGCAACUGAUAAUUACAUGCAUUAUAGAAUCAUUGAUGUGUCGACAAUAAAAGAAUUAGCGAGUAGAUGGUAUCCAGAGACUUUGAAUAAUGCUCCUAAGAAAAAACUUGCGCACCGCAGCUUGGACGACAUUAAGGAGAGUAUAUCGGAAUUAAAAUACUAUAAACAGCAUUUAUUUAAGUAAUAUGAAAAUUUGUUUAAGUAUAAAGUACGAACUAAUUAGUUUCAUUAUUUAAUUAGUACGAAAAUGCAAGCAAAAGUAAAGUUCUAUGAUUAUAAAAAA